GCUCACAGCUCAGCCGUCUGACUUCCUAUGUGCAGCUGUGCAGUUCAUCCCUUUUACAUCGUGCGCAUCUUCUGGUUGUUUUCCUUCUCUACCAGAGAGGGCGCAGUGACUUGCUCUGCUCAGAAGAACAAGACACUUGCUUGUCAUUGUAAAGUGAGGAGCGUUCAUGCUGGAGACCAGGCAAUCAAGAAGAGGAAAAAAGACAGUAGUUUGCUCCAGGCUGACAGAUAUUAAUCUACAAAAUGUGCAGCCAGCAUGCUGCUUGUAGGACAUAAAUAGAGUUCUGAAGACUGGAAUUGGUUGGGAGAAUUUUGUGAUUUUGUUUUUUCCUGGCAAAAGGGACAUUUGAGUUUGUAAGAUACUUUAGAUUGUUUUUAUGAAUGCACAGGAUCACAGCCAUGAAAAUGUGCUUAGUGAUAAUGUUAGUCCUGUGUGGAAGCACUUGUGGUGAAGGCCAAGCUGCACUUCACGGAGCACCAAUGGGAACUUUGGAUUUUGGGUAUGUGCCUGCAGGGAAUUAUGAAACAAAUACUUACUAUGAUCCUGGAGCCAUAGGAAUCCUGUUUCAGAUGGUCCAUGCAUUCCUAAGUGUAGUACAGCCAAAUCCUUUCCCUCAUGACCUUGUCAUAGAAGUAACACAGCAAAAAAUUGUAGGAUUGCAACGCAACUAUAAGAAGGUGAUCCAUUAUGAGCUUGGUUUCAUUAUAUGCACUGUCCUGGGAAUACUGUUUUUCCUUCUCGUGCCUGUUGUGGGGCUUUGUUUCUGUUUAUGCCGUUGCUGUGACAACUGUGGUGGAGAAAUGCACCAAAGGCACAAGAAAAAUGCUGACUGCCAGAGGGGAUGCCAUGCAACACUCCUUUUUAUUACUUCUCUGACAAUAAGUGUUGGACUUCUGUUUGCUUAUGUCGCCAAUCAAAAUCUUUCCACUCAAGCUAAGGGAAUUACAAAACUGGUCAACAGCAACUUUAAAGACUUAAGAACGUUAGUCGAAAGUGCCCCAGGGCAAAUUGAGUAUAUGGCAAACCAGUACAACACAUCCAAGGAAAGAGCCAUUUCAGACUUGGACAACAUCAGUUCAAAACUUGGUUCCCGAAUUCAGGAGCAUUUGGGUAAAGAUGUUCACCCUGCACUUGAUGCAGCUCUAAGCAUGGCAGGAGCAAUCAGAGAAACUAAAGAAGCCUUAGAGAACGUGAACAUUUCUGUGGAGGUUUUGCAAGAAGGAACAAGUAAGCUUCAAGGCAACCUGACAGAUGUACGAAGGAACCUGAGCAACACACUUAGUGACCCAGCCUGUACUGCUCCAACAGCACGAGAAGCUUGUGAUAGUAUCAGACGUAAACUAGAUCAACUCAGCACUGAUGCAAAUUUCACUGGGGUCCCAGGACUGAACCCUCUAUGAAUGAAAAUUUGCGAUGUGAUGUAUAUAGAUUUAACUUCAGCAUUUGACAGGGGAUACACAGCAUUUAAUGAUACUCCGGAAAUAGUAAAGAACCAAACUAAGAACAUUGUAUCAGAUAUUAAGAAUGCUCUGAACUCAGUUGGCUCCAAUAUCACAGAGCGUACUAAGAUGUUUCCCAUCCAAGAGGGAGUGUCUAAUAUUACAAGAAUUAUCACACAAAACCAGGCAUCUGUUCAGAAUUAUUUUCCUUUAAUAGAACAAUAUGACUUUUACAGGUGGCUGUUUUGCAUUGCUCUUUGCUGCAUGGUGCUAAUCAUCCUUGCUUUUAACUACCUGGGACUGUUGUGUGGUUACUGUGGCUAUGACAAAAAUGCCUCUCCGACAACCAGAGGCUGCAUCUCCAAUACUGGUGGCAAUCUGCUUAUGGCUGGUGUGGGAUUUAGUUUCAUCUUCUCUUGGGUACUGAUGAUUAUUGUGGUGCUAACUUUCUUCAUUGGAGGAAACAUAGAAAAGCUUGGCUGUGAGCCUCUGUCAGACGGAUCCAUAUUCAAGAUGCUGGAUACUCCAUUUAUUCUGAAUUCACAGUGGCGGAACUACCUUCCUGGCAUCUUGUAUCAAAAUCCAGAGGUGAACCUCACAUUUGAAAAGGUCUACAGAAAGUGCAAAGCAAAUACUGGAAUUUAUACUGCUCUUCAACUGGAUAAUCUUUACAAUAUCAGUAGCUUUCUUAAUAUUAGUAUGUACACUAAGAAUCUGACUAGCAAGUUUGAUGAUAUUGAUGUGGAUCUUGGCAGUAUUGUCUUACUGGAUCAUGCAGGAAAACAGAAUCUUCAGAACUUCACUGACAGUGGCAUUGGCAGUAUAAAUUAUGCUGCUUUUGAGAAAGAGGUUAACAAGGGUGUAACUAAAGUAGACCUUCUGACAUUUGCAAAUGACAUUGAAGCAAAAGCAGAUACACUGCCAAAAGGAGCAUUAGAAAAUGCCUUAAAAGGUCAUGCAAGCAGUAUUAGAUCAAUUCAUAGUAAGCAAGUUGUCCCACUGGAGCAAACCAUGAGCACUUUGAAUAAGAGCAUUCAGAUCUUAAAAACAACAUCUUUGGGACUUUCGCUAAAAGUCGAAAAUGUAAUUACUGCUGUUGAAACCGCUCAGAACCUCAUCACCAAGAAUGCGUCCAGAGUUGUCAUACAGGAAACUAAGAAAUACAUGGAAGUAAUCAUUGGCUACUUUGAACAAUACCUAAACUGGGUGAAAGAUUCUAUUUCUAAGGAAGUUGCAGGAUGCAAGCCUGUUGCAAAUGUAGUAGACACUGUGGACAUAAUUGCAUGUAGUUACAUAAUGGACUCGAUGAAUGCUUUCUGGUUUGGUCUGGGAUGCUGUACAAUAUUUCUAAUCCCAAGUAUUAUUCUUGGUGUGAAACUGGCAAAAUACUACAGAAGAAUGGAUACAGAAGACGUUUAUGAUGAUGGUAACACUGUCCCACAAAAACGCUGUAAAUGAACAGUGGCAAUGAGCACUGGACCUUCCAAAGCAAGAAUUCCUGGCAGCAGAAGAAAAAUCAUUUCCAUGUAACAAAUAUAAUGACCAUUAGAAUCACUGGACGUUUUAUUCUUCAUUUCCUCCACCUUGGCACUUUAGAGUUCAAAGUCAAAUUGUUUCUGAUUUUUCAUAGAUGAUCUGUGGAUUUCUGCAAGCUGUUCUCGUCUGUCAGGUGUAAUAGUAAAAUAAUAAUAAUGGGCAGUUAAGACUUGCGUGCAGAUUUGUUUUUGUACUUUUUUACACUUAAAUUUUGUAAACUUAAAGCAAAAGAGUCAAAUGACUUAUUGCCCCAUAUCAUGGCAUCUUUUUUUCACCAACUAUUAUAACUAGCUCUCUGUUUGGUUAUAAAAUUUACUUUUUUGACUUAACUGGUGUAAAUCUGUUUUACCUAGCUGUUUAUACACGCAAACACAAUACUAGAUUUUGUACAAAUUAGGUAUUUUGUAAUUUGUAUAUACAUUCUUGUUAAAUAGUUUUUUAUAUAUAUGGCAUCAACAUAUUUCCCUGUUAGUAUGUUUUAAUCCUAUAUAAUAAUAAUAAACUUUAUAGUAACAACAAUAACUUUCAAGCUUCCCCAAUAAAAUGAAAGAUACAGACACUUAAAUUGAGAGGCCUGUUGUGACAGAAACAUGCAACAUGAAAACAGUAUAACAAAUACACUUCUAUACAAAGUAUGCCCUUAAUUUAGCAGCUUUAGUUGCAGUUGAUCUGUAUUUCAGUACCAUUUUAAUUUACCAUUUGUGAAAGAUUAAAAAAGAAUGGAGUGUUGAGGCGGAGCACAAGGGGUCACUUCGGUAAUCUGGGUGAAAUGAGAGAUGUGAAGAUAAAAAAUAUAUAAAGGCUGAUUCCUUUUUUGCAUAAAAUGUUGUAUUGUUUGGAUGGCUGUUGCAAUUUACAUGUGAUAUAGGUGAUACAGCUCAUAGUCGUAUGUCUAAACAAUUUGUUAAUUAACUGCCCUUAAAAUCAGUAACGUUCUUUUCAUUUCAUGUCUGAUAUAUUCAAAUGCUAAUAACAUUAAAUAACUUGAACAAAAUGUUUAGUUUUGGAAUUUGUAUUGCAUGUAUGGUAUUUAUCAUUUUGGAUAUUUAAGAUGUCCGCAUAUACAUACAGGGGAGAAUACAGAAAGUAUUGCUUCCUUGAGGUGCUGCUUAUUACUGUUUUUGUUUUCACAUCAUUGCACUGAACGUGGCUGGAUAUGUAUCUUAGUGUCAUGUUUUUGCAAUUACGUACAGAAAUCUGUAUAUGAGAUAUGUAACUAGCAACUUUAGCCACAGUCUGUCAGACAGGGUACAAAUUAAGAAAUAUUAACUCACUUUAAGUAGCGCUGCACCGUAGUCCUGCAGAUUCUGUGUCCUCACCAAAAUUUGUGUUCUCUGGUUAUUUCCAAUCUGUUUAUUGCAGAACAUCAGACUGGAGAUGUGCAUAUGUUUAGUGGAAACUCUACUCAGGAAAAUUACAUUAGCUCUUUUUGGAAAAUGUUUGCCUUUAGGUAUGUUGUAGAUCAAAGUUUACUGUUUAUUUCAUACUGAAUUGUAUAGUGGAACUGCCACCAAUCAGAAAGAUAUAAUGAAUCUAGUCUUAAGUCUUGUAGAUGUUUCCCAACACAUUUCUCUAAAAGAAUAUAACUGCUGUACACAAGGUCAGUGAUUGUGUCUUUUGUGCUGUCUUUAUCUUCCCUUCUGCAGAAUAUUGACUGAAAAUGUAUUUAAAUGUUUAUUCAGUGAUGAUGAUGAUGAUGAUUUCACAUACCUUUUUAUUUAAACUGAUUGCUUAUAACGGUGCACUGUACAAAACAAAAAUGAUGGUAACAUGAAUAUAUCCUUAAGUGCGACUUAAGCUUUUUCAGCCUUUGUGAAAUGUUAGAUUCCACCACCUAUACAAACUGAAUACAGGAGUAGUGAGAAUAACUUCUGUUAUUAGAGUGAUAAUACGGUGAAUGCCUGUGAUGAAUGUAUUUCUAAUUCAUUUAGCCUAUUUACCUGGUAGUAUUGAUUUCAACUAGCUGCUAAUUUUUGUAGUUUAAAAAAAUAUUAGCUGGUGUGUUCUAAAAAGUGUAGCAAAUUAAGAGUAUUAGUAUUUACUCAAAUGUGAGAGAGAUAAGGAAUAAACAAUAAAUAGUAGUAAACUACCAAUUAUAGAUGGUAGUGCCUGCUAUCAUGUAGAAUGAUCCCAUCAAACACACACAUACCAAAUUUCCCUACAUUUAAUGUUGCUAAAGCUAUUAAAGUGGCUAUGUUGACCUUCAAAUGCUUGUUUACUUGAAAUAAAUUGUAGUACUCACGAUAAAUGUAUUAGGAACAGCCAGUUAUCGGUUGGUAUUAAGAACAAGUGUACAAAAUUAGGAAAUUAUUUUUACAAUAAAGCAGUCAGCUUGAAUCGUAUACCAUUGGAAUUAAGGAAGACUGAAAGUCUAGAAGUGAUUAAAAUUAAAUUGGAUACAUGGUUUGGUGAAAAGGUCUUUUUGGACAUUGGCUAGAUAGAGAGACCUGUAUAUAAUGAUUUCUACUGAGGUCUAAGGCCAUAUUUGUAACUUUGUAAUGGUUUCAGGCUAUACCUGUCCAUUUGUGUAAAACAUGCGUAGUCAACAAGAUACUACAGGUUAUACUGCAUUUGAUUUAAUGGCUUUUAAAAUAUUCAUUUCCUGUACACUUCAGCCAUGGGUUCACUGUUUACUUACUGAUAGAUAUGCCAGUGGUGAAAAGCAUGAUUUGACUCCUUUGUUUUAGAAGCAUUAUUUGGGGCACAGACAGAUCUUCAAGUGCUCAUGCCACUCUGCUGUUUGCAAACUGACUGGUCAUCUCCUUUUAGUAAGUAAGCUUGCAUACCUUUCCUUGAGAUCACUGUUACAGUAGUCCUGUUUAUUGGAAGUUGACUGCUAGGUGUCUGUGUACUUCUAUCCCAAUGUCUGGAGAUCAGGAUCUUUCACCUCCACAAAGACUAUGCCCAGACUCUGGUAUGCUUGUACGUUGCAGUAUAAAGUGAGCACUUGCCUGCACCAUUUCAUCUUGAAUCUUUUUGUUGAGAAAAGUGUGUGUGUAUCUCUCUCUCUAAUUACAAGGUUGUCUAUCUUCAGAGCACAGGAUACAGCUAAGUAAUCCCUUGGGGGAACCCUUUCCCUUCCUUUGAUUUACUGUUUGAUAUAGGUAUUCCUGAUUGUUGUAUUUAGAUAGCUAUAUGUCUUGCCCCAAAAAGGGUAUUGGGUGCUGACCACAAUGUCCAGAAAUGUGACGUCCCUAAAAAAGGAGAAUGUAAAAUGUGAUGCAGGAGAUGUAGCAGUAUCAUCAGGUGCCCCUGAUCAGUCUGAGCAUGCUGGUUCUGGAUAGGAUCUGCACAGCACCUAAACCAGACAUUGUCUAUUCCCCAGGUCACUGGCAGCGCUUCUUUGGAGGACACCAUGCCUGCAGAUCUGGGUAUGUCCAGCUGGACUGAUCCACUGGUGUGUUAUCCUUGGAUGCUUGACUACAGGCAUGUGCAGAGGAGGCCCAGAUUAUCACAUAUGAGAGGGUGGCACCAAAAGAUUUUCAUCAGAGAAGAGGUAGAAGGUUAGGAUAUUGAUGUCUAAUCGUCAUCUAUAGGGAACAGGACUUUUGGAGCAGACGACUCUUAAUGUUUAUCGAUUAAACUAAGCACGUCUCCCCACCACCUGCCACCUCAUAGAUGCCUGGUGGGUCUUCCCAUUUCCCAGGUUCUCCCUGAACAAUGGUUCAUCUUGGGUCAAGGUAUACUAAAGGUAUUUAGAGGCCGUUCACCAAGAUGAUUCAUCUUCAGUGUCUAUCUCCAAGAGGAAGUAGGAUCAUUCUGCACAGAAGAGCUCCCAGAAAGUGAAAAAGAAGAAUUUUUUUCAGACGUCAUCUCUGGUACUGGCACAGAGGGCACCAUGUCUUCAGAUUCCCCUUCAGAAAAGACCUCUGGAGAAACUUUCAAUAGAAGCACUUCUUCCAGUUUGGCGGUAGGAGGCAUCUGAUGCAAAAGAGCAAUUUUACUUCAUCAGGCCCGGAUACCUGCAAAUCAGUGGCUGUUUCUCACAGCUCUGCAUGGCAGAUGCAUUUCUCAGCCUCUUGCUUCUGUGAAACCUGACAGGUUCUAUAGGGUGCAGAAUUCCCACAAAUUUGUUUAUAGGAACCCAGUGGUGGAUCGUGUAGUAGUGCCAUGGAUCCAGAGAAGGUGCACAGGUCGGUUUCUGCUCUUUGUACACUUCAUGGUGACAGAUGUAUAGGAGGACUUUGUACAAAUUUGUGAAGAAAGUAUGCAAAUCUGAUUCACUGGCCUUCGGAGCUAUCACCUGCUAGACUCAUAAACCUAAGCUUCAGAUGGGUCUCCAUUACCACCUGAGAGAGAAAAUAGUGAUUUCUGAUGGUGAUCUGAGGGCAAACUAUUAGAGCUCACAUGGAUUAUAAAACAAGUGGUGAAACACUCAAUUAUGUAUGUAUAUGAUACUGUGGAUAAAGCAUGCAGGGCAGCAACCAUGGGUUCUGUGGUUAGGAGGCAUGCCUGACUUUGAUUAUAAAUCCUACCAGAUGAUGUCAAAGUGCAACUCCGUAAUGCCCCAUUAGCUAAGGGCUUGUUCUAUGGGGCCUCAAAUCUGAAUUGUUAAAAAAAUGAAGGAAAGAGUUAAGUAAUAGAGUAUAAACCAUUUUUGUCAUCCCCCAAUGCCACAGUAUGAAAAGAAUUACCUUUCCAAACCAUACCUUUUAUUGCAAGCAAGAAAAGGUUAAAUUAGGAAGGAGUAAGAAAGGCCAGUUUAGAAAGAGAUGACAGGGACACUACAAGGGAAAACCCUGAGACCUUAGGGCUAGGAAGAAUUUAUCAGUGUCUUGCAACUUGAGCUCCAUAAUAAAAGAAAAUGUGUGUGUCAAAUCAUCAUAGAGGGAUACAGAUUGCAGUGUGAAAAACUCCCACGCAUGGAAGGGAUUCCCAUGUGCCUAGCUUGGUCAAUGCUAAUAAUACAAGUGAAAAUGCCACUACUGUGGCCUGCCUAAAUGUAAUUAAUACCCAAGCCAUUCUGGAAAGAGCCAUCUGUAUAUCAGAUCGCACUUUGAUGAAACACCGCAGGAUAGAAUUGACUCUAGAGUUAGGGCAGGCUUUGCUGCAAUUAUCUUGCAGGGCACACUGCAUUCCAGACACACUUCUCAGGCUACCGUCUGUCUGGUGUAAAGCUCUGGGAAUUUUCCUAGUUGUAAGAAUGACUGCAACACUGUUUUUCUGAAGAGCAUAGUACAAUUAAGUAGGAACUUAUUCUAGUAGUACAUGUUGAAGUAGAUUGGUGCUACAGUACUAUCACCCUCCCACCAUCCCUUCUGCAUUUUUUUUUUAUGCACAUUCAUUGCUGGAGUUGGGGUGCUUGCACCUUCCUUAUCAUCUUUCUUUGGUCUGCUGUGAUCUGGUUAGUGGUUAGGUAGCCUUAUUACUGGCCCCCUUCCUUUCUUCACUGUUUUUGAUUCAUCCUUAUGCAUUCUGAUUUCUGUAUACCUGUGUAAGUCAUCCCUUGACUUAACUUUCACUUCAAGGGCUUUAGCAUCUUUUACUGGAUCAAGAAAGCUCUGAAAUGGCACAGACAGAGGCCCACUUUAUACUACAGUGUAAGGAUGUACCAAAAGCUGAGCGUAUGUUACAGUAGGUGAGAAGGAUCCUGAGCCCUAUAAGCUAGGCCUGAUGUAUGGAGACACCCAGAGUCCCAAUAUUAAGGACUUAAUUCAACAGUGAUAAUAUUAUGGUAAGUUCCUACACAGCUGUACUUUUCAUGAGUGACUGGAUACUUUAGAGAAAUGUGGCAGGUAGGGGAGUUUUCUUUGGGAACUGUACUGAAAUUUGAUUAUUGUUUUCAUUACAGUUGUCCGACUCUGCAGAAUAAUAUAAUGUUAAGAUUGAAAGACUGCAUUUGUAUAUAAUGUUCACAGAUGUUUUACUGAAAUAAAAGGCUUCUAUUUUUAAAUUGUCCAUAUUCAGUGUAUUAAA